AAUAGAAAAAGAGAAAAAAUUCCAAAACGACGUACCCCAAAAACGCGAAAAAGGACGAAGAUGUUGCUUUUGUGUGCGGAUGUCGCUGCGACGUAGUAAGCAUUGUUUAUCCUCCAAACCGCACGCGGCAGACGUCAGUUUUCCCUUCGUGUCGCUAGAGUGGCCGCGAGCGAGUCGUCGAGUGUCUUGAUUGUGUGCACGCGGCGUGUAUGUGUGUGUGUAUGUGUGCGUGUUUGUGUGCUCGGGAGCAUGACGGACGUUGUUCUCCGCGCUGGCCAUAACGCUGGUGGCCAAGUCACAUGAUCUCCAGUUGCGAAACACCGUCACUCUCACGAGGACACUCGGUCGCAGAUCGCAUAGUGUGGUUUGGGUUGUGAGUUUUCUUUUUGUUUGGUCUGUUUUCUUUUCAAGCACAACAUCCUCGACCAGUAGCAGUGUGGGACUAACAUACUACAACAGCGUGUUCCGUUCGCUCUAAGUGACCUAAAACUGGCCUUUAUUUUUAAAAAUGGACACCGCCAACACGCACACACUCGGCGGUGUUGCUGCCGGCGCUGGUGCUGAUGCUGGUCGGCGCAGUAGCUGCAGCGGUGGAGAUGGCACUGGCGGCAGCAGCAACAGCGGAGGACCCUCGGCACUCGGUGGUGGUGGCGUGCCGGGAGGUGGAGGAGGUGGAGCGGGCAGCUCAAGUCCACAGCAGUUCUGCCUUCGAUGGCAUAAUCAUCAGGCAAGUCUGCUGAGCUCACUGCCGAUCCUGCUGGAUCAAUCGCACCUGACGGACGUGACGCUGAUGGCGGAAGGCCAGAAGAUCAAGGCGCACCGUGUCGUGCUGAGCGCCUGCAGUACGUUCUUCUCCGAGCUGUUCCGCACACUGGACGGUGCCCAGUACCCGGUGGUGGUGUUACCUGGUGCAUCCUACCAUGCCGUAGCUGCCCUCAUCACCUUCAUGUACUCGGGCGAGGUGAACGUGUACGAGGCACAAAUCUCCGUCCUGCUCUCGCUCGCCGAAACGCUCGGCAUUAAAGGGUUGGCGGAUUUCAAUGGCAAUCCCCAGAAAUCGACGACACCCUCGACAGAAGCAUCGUCUUCGCGGGACUCCGAAGUACCGUCACCGUUCCACACGAUGAAGGUGUCCUCACCGAUCGAUAGUUUCUUUCCGCGCCCGUACAGCUCCUUCACCGGUUCGCAGGUGUUCCCGCAGGCACUAAACCUUGCCACCAAUGCGAACGGUGCUUCGGCGAAUGGCUGCCCAACACCGGCUCACACCGGCAACAGCAGCAACAGCUCCGGUGUCCAUGGUAACGACUGUAACUCUAGCAACGGUAUUGCCGGUGCACCGAGUAACGCAUCCACAUCCAAGUCCGGUCCAACAUGCGAUCUUUUUGGACGUUUUCACGUGGAUCGGAGUGAGCUGACGGCGGAAACGAUCUGGAAAAUGAACCACCUGGCCGAGGAUGUGCUAAUGAAGGAGAAACAAAGUCAGCUGCAUCGCUCAAGCACCCCUGUUCGGGCUCAUCAGCAGCAGUUGCAGCAGCAGCAACAGAAUGAAGGUGCCGGUCCCGGUAGCAGUCGAUUGACGGUGGUUGAUGGUGGAUUCACUGGAUCGCAUCAGAUCGGCAAUGGUGCGAGUGAUAGCGGCAAAGAGUGUAAACUCUCCAACGGCCCUUUAUUUCUCGAUUAUGUCAAGCUGAAGGAGGAAGACCUGUCCGACACGGUACUGAGCCAAUCGUACGGUUCCGUGCGAUCCACACCGACUCCCCAGACACCGGGCAUCGAGGAACCGUCGGGACGCUCCACAGGGCACACGACCACUGGCCGCAAACCGCAAGCAGGCGGUCAGGAAAAUGCAACAAACAAGCGGAAAAAGAUUGAGAAAAUAGCGGAAAACCUACGAUCGCAAAGUAACUGCAGUACGGCGACGGCGGAAAGUGCGUUCGCUGCGCUGCCCCUCCUCGAGAAGCAACUUUACGAAUCGUUCAAGCAAUCGGCCGUUGUCGCGGCGGCUGCCGCUGCCAAUGCGAAGCUACUGCCGAUGCAGUUCUACACCAAACCACCCACCGUCACGCCGGUCAGUAACACCACGAACCACCCGUACCUGGCGCACCACUUUCUGACGAACGAAAGUGCCUCGAAGACGCCGGAAAACUUUAGCCUCGAGUCGUCCCAUCCGAAUGCGGCCUCCAACACGAACACGUGCGCCUCACCGAUCACGGCCGUUACGACGAUCGCCACGGCUUCGUCACCGUCGACGCCCGGCUCGCUACACCCACUGGUACCAUCGCCGGCUGGUGGGGCUGGUGGUGCAGCGUCCGCCACCAACCACAACGAGCAGCUAAUCAAAAGCCUUCACCUUGCCUCGCAUGCGCAAGUGGCGCAGAGUAUGAACUCGGUCACCCAACAACAACAACAGCAGCAGCAGCAACAACAACAGCAGCAGCAGCAGGCGCAACAAAGGCCACCAUCAUCGAAGUUGUACGCGAUGUGCGGCAUCUGCAACAAGCAGCUCAGCAAUCAAUACAACUUGCGUGUGCAUUUGGAAACGCAUCAGAACGUUCGCUACGCCUGUCAGGUGUGUUCGCACGUUUCGCGAAGUAAGGAUGCGCUGCGCAAACAUGUGUCCUAUCGCCACCCGGGCACUCCGAGCCCCUGCGAUCCGGAAACGAAGCGAAAGCGCACCAAAACCAACUCCUACAGUCAGCUGAACAAGCACGGAGAUGGAGGUGGAUCAACCGAGCAGCAAUCGACAAUGCUGCAAAGUCAGCAACAGCAGCAACAGCAACAGCAUGCAUCUAAUCUGCUCGCCAACCUGACGUCACAAGGCAGUGGCAUUCCGACGUUGCUGCAGACAGCCUCGUUGCAGUCGGCAUUCGCGGCACAGCAAAAAUCGGCCGCACUGCUCUACAAUCAAACGACCGCUGGGACGGUAUCGGCGCUGGUUGGCUCGGUCACUGCUGCCAGCAGCACACCCGCUAGCUCUUCUGUCUCGACGGAUCAGGUGGGUUCGGCGGUGGCAGCCACGGAGGCGGCCACUGGCAGCGGUUUCACAGCGAGCACCCCUAAACUGGAGGAGUCCCAGGAUCAGAAACCGGACUUAGCGGAAGAGAAAGCAGUGUUGGAGCAGGAAGCCAACAAUACCACGGCCGUGAAGAAAUCGGACAAAGACAUUUAAAACCGCGCUAGACGCGCUUAGAAGGAC